UUGAAUACGCUAUUUGAACAUCAGCUUGAUUUUUUGAAAUUUGUAUUAAAUUGAGAUUCACUUGAGUGAAUCUCAAUUCCCCCAUUGUGAAUUCACCCAUAGUGGCAUGUAUAUGAAGCUAUAUUUUUCUAAAGUGGUUGUUCUACUUGACUUGUAAAUCUUUGGUAUAGCUUUGGUGGUUGUAAAGACUGUUUUGUUGUUCAUCAAGAUGAAUGUUCUUAUGUCAAUUUCUGAUUGGUUUUGGAAUGAAGAGAUUUGGUUGCCUCCAAACACAACUUGGGCUGAUCGGGUCUCCACCCCAGAAAACCAGCUGCCAAAAUUUAUGGACUUGUGGACAUACCCAUUCUAUAUUGCAGCAAGUUUCAUCUUCUUGAGGUACUUUAUUCUCAAUCCAUUCGUUUUCAGUCCUAUUGCUGUGAAGGUAGGAAUAAGAAAUGUUAAGCCUAAAACUGUUGUACCUGUACCAGUCCUAGAGAAGAUUUUUGCCAAAUAUAGGAAGAAUGUACCUGAAAAGGUAAUAUUAGAUGUUGCUGAAGAGCUGCAGUGGAGUGAGCGUAAAGUUGAACGCUGGCUUAGAGCAAGACUUGCCAUGAACCAUAUCAACACACAUACAAAAUUUAUUGAAUGUGCUUGGCAGUUCACAUACUACACAUUUGCUUUCAUUUUUGGUGUGUUUUGUCUGCAUAACAAACCUUGGCUGUACGAUAUCAACCACUGUUGGAUUGGCUAUCCAUACAACAAGCUUGACACAGAUGUUUGGUUUUAUUACAUGUUUUCCCUUGGAUUUUACUGGUCCAUGACUUUUACACAUUUUUAUGAGACACGCCGUAAAGACUUCUAUCAAAUGUUCUUCCAUCACUUGUUGACAAUAGCCCUGAUGGUCUUCUCUUUCACAUGCAAUUUUGUUCGUGUUGGAUCACUGAUGUUGCUUGUGCACGAUGUUGCUGACAUUCCCCUUCAAAUGAGCAAAAUGCUCAUAUAUCUUGAAUGGAAGAAGCUCUGUGAUGCUGUCUUUGCCUUUUUCUCAAUUCUUUGGAUCAUCACAAGGUGUGGAAUUUAUCCGUUGUGGAUUGUGUCAAAUACAUUGUUCUAUGCUGCAAAUCUGGUGCCCAUGCAUCCUGUGUACUACAUCUUCAACGUGCUGCUGUGUUCACUGGCUGUACUGCACUACUAUUGGACCUACUUCAUCCUGCGCAUCAUUGUCAACACGGCCGUCAAAGGCAAAGUUGAAGACGAUCGGUCGAGCUCGGACUGGCGGCCUCCUUCUGAAGAUGGCAGUGAUGGUGUCCUCAAGAGGUCCUAAUUUUUCCCCCAUUUGAGUCCUUCCAGAAAUGACAUUGAGACGCAGGCAUUGAAUUUCAAGUUCAAUUUUACUGCAUUCUGAUUUUUGUUCAGAAUUUUUCAGCUAAAAUAGCAUUAGUUGAUGCAGUUGGGCAAAAUUUGUUAAGAAAAUUUUUCUUUCAUCAUGCAAGAACAAACAAGGUCAUGAAAUGUUAAUUAUUGCCAUUCUAUUUCAGUCUAAUUCCCCAAAACCACUCAACUGCUUGUUUCCAAGUAACCAAAACCAAAAUUAUUACAAUUGAAAAUUAAAUUCAUGUAAUUUUAAACCAAUUUACUUUUCCAAAAACAGAUGUUCUGCUUAGAACUUUCCUUUGAUGCCAUUAGCGUGUGAUGAAGUUCCACCCAAUUCUUGGACUGGGGGUUUUAUGUUGGAACUGAAUCAUGUUCAUGCUUCUAUGAAGUAUGUUAAAUCAUUCAAUAAUGAAAUAAUGUUAAAGUUGAGAACUUAUUUUCUGGAAGCGAUUGAUAGGACAACAGUAUUCCCUCUAAGUGCCACGUUUGUAAAUGAGAUUUAAGUAUAGGUAUAUAUAUAAGUGUGUAUUUCAGUUCUUGUUGAUAACCUUGCAGAAAGUAUUUUAAUGAUCUUUAAAUUCUUUUUAUUGAAUUUCAAUAUGCUGAAACGUGAUGAAUUUAAUUCAGGAAAGAAAACGAUUUGUAGAAUUAAAAAAUCAGCUUAUUGUUAGAAUGCUACUGAUUUAAUCAAAGUUUUGUUCAUUGACACUGCAUCAAACUCAAAUAUGUAUUGUUGGGUUCCUCUUAAUAUAGGUUGGGUUCCUCUUUAUAUAGGUUGGGUUCACUAAUCUCAUUUAUGUCUGGAGAUUUUUUUUUGUGUUUGUGUCACUAGCAAUUUUUUGUGCUAGUUUUGUAGAACUGACGUAGAAAGUGUUGUUUGCCUGCUGCUGUACAGAUGCUUGUUUGUUUCCAGAUGUUUCUUAUUUUUGACCAAAAAGUGCUAGUUAGCGUAAUUUUCCAGGUAGUUGAGCAUUGCAGCGGACCAUCAAAUCUGUUACAGUAUGGAAAUUCCGUUCAAAACGAGAUCGUUAUUUUGUCAUCGUGUUGAAAAUGUCCACAGUUUAUGGAUACAGUGCUCCACACAAUCAUCCUUUGAUUGUUUACAUUCAAAAUUCAAAUCUUCACCAACAUGAUGCAUUCCGCAUAAUUAUGAAUUUAAAGUUACUUGGAAGGAUUUUUUUUGCAGUAGUGGUAGUAUUUUGAGCGAGUAGAAACCUCAAGAAGCAUUCUUAUGUAAAUAAAGAAUAGCUGAACCAUAUUACAGCCACAGUUACCGUAAAGUCAAGGUUUCAAUACGGAAACCAAGUUUAUCCUUAGACAGAAUCAUGACGUGGUCAUUUCUUUAAUUCAUAGUAAAUUUUUUCUAUCCUUUAGUAACGAAUGCAACUUUUAUUAAAAGAUGUAAAAUUUUCUAAUUUAAGGUGAUAUUGAUCCAUUGUAAAAUCAAAUAAUGUACGCUUUUUUACGUCAUUAUCUAGGCUGGCUUGCCAAACCACUCUUUAUCUUAGAAAAUGAGUACCUAGUUCAGUGUGUAUGUAUGAUGGGUGAUGGUACUUCAAAUCUACUGCUACUUUUUAUAAUUUAAUAAAGGCUAAAUUAUCUUGA